UUUAACUGCUUCAUUAUCUUCCUCACCAUGGCAUGUCAUGAUCACUUCACACCACACUCUCAGAAAACUACCACUUGAAUCUCUAUACCCCAUACAUAUCCAAUGACCGCUCACCUGCACAAUGGACCCAAUACCGCAAAAACGACCCCCGCCGUCGCGCUCUCCGCCACCAUCCCAACCUACCACCACUACCAGCCCAAGCAAAGGCAAAGGCAACACCCAUGCAAGCACAAACACACAACCCCAAACCGGAACCGGAAAUGGAAAUGGAAAUGGACACGAGUACGCCCAGGCCUCCGGAAAGGGGAAAUUCCGCUUUAAAUCUUCUUCCAGGCAUCGCUCAAGACACUUUCCCGACACGGACAAGAACCAUGCCCACAGCCGCAGCCGCAGCCAGAACGACGCCAGAAAAAGACACAAACACACACACAGAGAAAGAGACAGAGACAGAGACAGAGACAACCCAGAACAACCCACAACCACAACCACAAACAACCAACCCCACCGCAAGCGCGCCCACCAGCCAUCCAGUCCUGGACCCCCUCCGCUCUCCCCCGACACUGCCUUCCGGGAAUCUCUCUUCGACGCUCUAGGCGACGACGAAGGCGCAGCGUUCUGGGAAUCCGUUUACGGACAGCCUAUACAUACUUAUGCUCCUCCUCCUCCUGCUUCUUCUUCUUCUUCUUCUGCUUUUCCUCGGGGUGGAGAAGGGAGUGAACGAGAUGCAGGGCUCGAGCAAAUGACCGAAGAAGAAUACGCGUGCUAUGUGCGCAGCCAGAUGUGGAAGCGGACCAGGGAGGGGAUGCUCGCGGAACAGGAGCGGGUUCGGACAGAGCGCGCGCAGCAGAAGCGCAAGAGGCAGAGCGAGGACGAGGAGCGCGUCCGGUUUGAGCGGGCGAUGGAGGAGUCGCUUGCUCGGGGGCGGGAGCGGCGAAGAGCCAAGGCGUGGAGGGCGGUGUGGGGGGAGUACUUGGGGUCUUGGGAGAGGGUUGAUUCUGCUGCUGCUGCUGCUGCUACUGCGGCGGCGGCGGAAAAGAGUCACGGUGGUGGUAGUGGGAAGAGUCGGUUGGGGGGUAUGCUCUUUUGGCCUGUCGAGUCGGGGAGGAGAAGGGAUGUUUCGGGCGAGAAUGUGGAGGAGUUUAUGCGUUGUGCGCCUGCUUCUUCUGCUGGUGAAGCUGACGCUGAUUUACUCGCUACGCUGAAGAUGGAGCGUGUUCGAUGGCAUCCGGAUAAGAUACAGCAUCGAUAUGGAACGCUCGGGGUCGAUGCCUCGGUGAUGCGCAGCGUCACUGAGGUUUUCCAGAUCAUUGAUCGGCUGUGGAACGAACGGAAGAAAUAGGCCGGGCUUUAACUGGUGCCGGUUUAUGAUCGACGAUACUCUUGUAUUUUUACGUUUACCGUCACGUUUACUUUUGGACUGAGUUAGGUGCAUGAGAUACCCAUUUGUUAACAAUUACAGUCAGUGUCAAUAGGAUGAUUC